AUGGAGAGGGAAAUAAUAUCCUGCCACACCGGUAUAGAGAAAUCUGUCCCCCGGAGAUUCUCUGAAGGAGGAGGCUUCAAAAGAGGGCGCUAUCGUAAAAGUUUUACACAGUUCGACACGGCUGGGCGCUUUGUCCAUGGUAGCGAGGCUGGGCCUAAUGCCCAUGGUAUCCAGGCUAUGCCACUUGCCCAUGUGAACUACCAUCUGAAAGAUCAACGAUGUGAGCUGAAUAAUGCCACCAAAGACCAGUAUCCUGAUAACUUUGUCGUCGAGUAUGGCAAGGUGUACUAUGACGAUGAUGUGAACACCCCUCACUCCUCCAUGUUCGGUUGUAACGAGCUCCUUGAGACAGGUUUUGAGAGCGGUAUCUACACUAUCUUUCCCAGUGGGUUCCCGGAGGGUCUCAGGGUCUACUGUGACAUGACAACCACUGGAGGAGGAUGGAUCGUCAUCCAAAGGCGCCUGGAUGGGAGCGUUGGCUUCUACCGGGACUGGGCGGACUACCGGGCAGGUUUUGGCAACUUGGCGGGUGAGUUUUGGCUUGGAAACGAUAACUUACGCGCCUUGACCGAGUCGGAAGGGACAUGGCAGUUCCGCGCCGAAAUUGAAGAUUGGAAUGGCGCAAAACUUUGGUCAGAGUCUGGUGUUUUUCGAGUCCACGGUGAGAACUUUACGGUCCAUAGCGAUACAGAAACCGGUAGCCGUAUUUUUUCUGUGCAGGAUGAUGUUUGCUCUGAGGGAUACGAAAUGGGCUACGAUGGGGGAUGUUAUUUAUUCGAGACAAAUGCAGUAGCAUGGAGCAUCGCUAGGAAUAACUGCACCGAUACACCGGACUCUGAUCUGCUCGUUAUUAACAACAGUGACGAACUGGAGUACAUUAAGAACCGUAUCACAAGUGGGAUAUGGUGGAUAGGAUUUACAGACCUGUCCGUCGAGGGAACGUGGGAGUGGAUCGACUGCACCGGUCUCUUCAACCAAUCUCUGUGGGCUCCAAACCAGCCCAACAACGGCAUUGAAGAUUGCGGUGCGUACCAAGCGGUCCCGCAGAAACUGGCGGACUAUCAGUGCAGCCGAGAAUAUAAAUUCAUAUGCAAAAUAUCUGCCAAAGGAUUUUCAGAUGAUGAUACCAACGCAAGAAAUGUCGCCGCAACGAAAGUGAAUGACACCAUAGCUCACGUGACGUGGGACGUUUCGCAGUACAACUGUGACGUCAUUGGUUACAGAGUUUACUAUGAACAUUAUGGCAACUCACAAACAAAUGGCUCCGUUCAGAUAGACGGUGGAAACGCAACGGAGGUGUAUCUACAUCUCACGCCGGACAUGUGGUGGCAGAUAUACGUAGCUGCAAUGAAGACUGAUCAUCAGGAGUUAGACCUGGUAGGGCCAUCAUCAGUAUGGUUAGGUUCGUGCCCGGGUUGGCAUGUGCCUGGACUUAACGGGUCGUGCUAUUGGUUCCAGUCCGAAGAACGAGACAUGUGGUAUAGCCAUCGGAACUGGUGCAAGAGCUACGGCAGUGACUUGUUGAUCAUUGAUAGCCCAGACGAGUUAGAGUACAUCUUGAACCGGACAGAGUCAAUCGCACCUAAUGAGACUUGGUGGAUUGGUUACACCGAUGCAUCUGUCGAGGGUUCAUGGAAGUGGGUAGAUUGCGGCGACACCAACGACUGGCAAAGUACUCUCUGGGCACCAGGGGAACCAGCGGAACUCGAUGAUUGCGCAACGCUGCAAGGAAACACGGGUCAUCUCAGAGGUCAAAUCUGCGACCAGAGACUUCUGUUCAUAUGCAAAGUGUCUCCUAAAGAUUUCACCAAGGAAGAUACCAAGCCGAGUAACUUGACCGCCAUUGCUGUGACGUCAUUCAGUGUUGAAGUAACGUGGGAUGUCUCUAUGUUUGCCUGUGACGUCAUUGGUUACAGGGUGUACUACAACUCAACGUCUGACCAGGACAACCUAGACUGGGUGUUUAUUAACGGUGGAGAUGUAAGCUCAGUGAUCCUGUCAGGGUUAGCUAAAGAGACUGACUACUCCAUUGGGGUCGCUGCUCUUACGACUGUGGAGGAACUCGAACAAAUCGGGCCCGUGGCCGUCACUACUCCAUGGGGUUGCCCAUCAGGUUUCGAGGAGGGCCCUGGCAAUCGUUCUUGCUACUGGUUCCAGUCCGAAGAACGAGACAUGUGGUAUAGCCAUCGGAACUGGUGCAAGAGCUACGGCAGUGAUUUGUUGAUCAUUGAUAGCCCAGACGAGUUAGAGUACAUCUUGAACCGGACAGAGUCAAUCGCACCUAAUGAGACUUGGUGGAUUGGUUACACCGAUGCAUCUGUCGAGGGUUCAUGGAAGUGGGUAGAUUGUGAUGACACCAAUGACUGGCAAAGUACUCUCUGGGCACCAGGGGAACCAGCGGAACCCGAUGAUUGCGCAACGCUGCAAGGAAACACGGGUCAUCUCAAAGGUCAAAUCUGCGACCAGAGAUUUCUGUUCAUCUGCGAAGUGUCUCCCAAAGAUUUCACCAAGGAAGACACCAAGCCGAGUAACUUGACCGCCAUUGCUGUGACGUCAUUCAGUGUUGAAGUAAUGUGGGAUGUCUCCAUGUUUUCCUGUGACGUCAUUGGCUACAGGGUGAACUACAACUCAACGUCUGACAAGGACAACCUAGACUGGGUGUUUAUUAACGGUGGAGAUGUAAGCUCAGUGGUCCUAUCAGGGUUAGCUAAAGAGACUGACUACACCAUCGGGGUCGCUGCUCUUACCACUGUGGAGGAACUCGAACAAAUCGGACCCGUGGAUAUCACUACUCCAUGGGGUUGCCCAUCAGGUUUCGAGGAGGGCCCCGGUGAUCACUCUUGCUACUUUUUUUAUAAUGGUACCGACACGUGGGCCUCAGCAAGGGGACGAUGCCGUGGGAUCGAGGAUGGAGAUAUUGUCAUCGUCGACGACGAGGAUGAGUUGAAGUACCUGGUUAGGAGGAUGGAAGAGGUCAAUCGAGGUCAAAUGUGGUGGAUAGGUUAUUACGAUGUGUCGGUAGAGGGCGUCUGGAGAUGGUUGGAUUGCCAACCGACAGCUGAUUGGCAGAAACCCCUCUGGCCAGGUGAAGAGCCCAUGGUGGGUACCGGGGACUGUGGGUACCUCGUCGGUGUACAAGGGGACGGCGAGGCGGAGAUCAGACCAGCGGUUUGUGACGACAGGAAGUAUUUCAUCUGUGAAGUCGUCGACAAUAGAGUUUUCCCAACUGAUGCAAACGCUCGAAAUGUCGCAGCCAUUGAACUGACACCGGAUAGCUUUCUGGUCACGUGGGACACUUCUCCUGACAACUGUGACGUCAUUGGUUACACCGUGUAUUACCAAAAGGAGUCGCCAUCAGCAAUGGAGGAAUUUCUCAUGGUAAAUGGCGGCAAUAUCAGUAGAGUUGAGGUAACAGUUCCGAUGGUACAGCAGGAGAGCACUGCUUACUCAGUCACCGUAGCUGCACUGAACACCGUGACGGUCUUAGAGCGCGUUGGCCCGGCCAGUGUCACCCUGAAUCCCGGAGAGCCCGUCAGUACUCCAGCUUAUAGCUCCACCGAUGCUGUACUCUUUAUUGUCUUCGAUCAGACAGUUGGAUGGCUUUUGUUGUUUAAACUUCCCGUGACUUUCAGACCCUCUGACGUCAUCUUCAUAUCUAUCUUCAAUACCGGGAGUGAUCUUCACAUUGUGACGUGGGUACGAGAUGUCACAUCCUCUAAACCAGGGGUACCCCUCGACCCCAACAAGGUCCUCAGCGCACUCUCGGCGGAGCAGACCUACUUUGAAGACUUCAUGGGACCGACGUUUCAAUACGCAGUGAGCCUCGUGCCAAGUCCUACGCCUACUACAACAGCGGCACCUACCGGCGGCGGCAUGGACGAAUGGCUGAUCGCGGUGAUUGCCGUGGGGGCGCUUCUUGUAGUGAUAGUGCUAGGUUUGAUUGUAUUCAAAUGUGGUUCAAAGCACAAAAAGACAGACAGACGGAUAGAUCUACACAAUGAAUAUGCUGGUGGCAGCGUCUAUGAGAGAUUUACACCAACAUCUUUCUCUUCCGAUGGAACGUGGAAUCCUGCAUUCCAGCCCAUGCAAGAAGUUGAAAGGGACAACUCAAUAACGUCCUUAUAA